AUGAGAGUGUUCAUAUUUGGAAUAGGUGAAGACUGCUUACGAGUGAAUGAUGAAGGUGAACUUUGGAUUUACUUACCCACCACUGUCACCAACAAUAGGAUACCACCACAACCACAGCUGCCACAACUAAAACACCAACACCACUCCGCAGCCACCACCAAUACUCCAUCACCACCACCACCACCACCACCACCACCACCACGCCACUACUACCACCACGAGGCCAGCACCACCAUAAUCUCAGAAAGAACGCCACCACGCCACAGUCAACACGCCGCCUCCGCAACCACCUCCAUCACCACCAACACCACGUCGCCGCCAGAACCAGAAACACCACGACGCCGACAUGAGCAUCCACACUGUGCCUCCUCCGCCACCCCCAUUACGUCACCACCACCACACCCGACCACCAAGCAAUUCGCCGCCGCCACCUCCAACAUCACUUCGACACCACCAUCCCUUACCAACACAAACAACAAGACUCCUCCACAACCACCACCUCUACCAACAUCACUCUGCAGCCACCACAACCACCAUGACAAAACUACGCCACCACCACAACAACCACCACUACCGCCACAUACCACCACCACCACAACAUCGCCUCCGCCGCCAACACCACCACCACCACUACCCCAACACCACCACGCCAUCACCACUACCACCACCGCCAUCACCAACACUACUCGGCCGCCACCACCACCAACUACACAACUAAACCACCAACACCUCACAGCUUCAACCAACACCACCACUAGCAGGAGAACACCACCAUGGCACCAUCACCACGAUGGAAAGAAAGCCACCAUCAGGGUUGCUGCAUCACUCCACGACCCCCACCACCACAAACAACACGUCGCCUCAACAACCAUCACCAUCAACACCAAUCCGCAAGCCACCAACAUCACAUCCCCACCACCAACCCAAACCAACACGAAAACGCCGCUGCCAUUACCACACCCACUACGCGACAACAACAACGUAACCACCACGCCGCCACAGGCACAAUGA